AUGAAUGCUAAAAAACAGGAAGAAAAACAGUGGGAUGAUCUUAUUCUUAAAAUGGCAGAUAUGAGUGUUGAUGAUGCCAAGAUGGCGAGGGCACUUAAAAGGAAACCAGAUUGGGUGCUACAAAAAUUAGGAAUAGAGAGAAAUAAUAUUUCAAGCCCCAGGACAGACAAGUUAAUAUGGAGGGAUGUGCACAAGGAUCAAAAUGAAGAAAGGCUGGAGGAUGGAAGAAGGAAUGGAGAUGGGGAAAAUUAUGGGAACCGGAUUAACACACAUUGGGCCAACCAUGUAGGAAAUAAUGGGUGUGGCAUUAAUCAGAAUAAUGAACAAAAUAGAGGUAAGAAUGGCAAUUAUGGAAGUGGCAAUGGUGGAGGUAGGAACAAUGGUAACAAUAAUGGCAAUAAUAAUGGGGGUGGAAAUAAUGGUAAUAAUGGAAACUAUGGCAACAAUAAUGGGAUUAUGAACAAUCAAAGCAACCAUCAUGUUGGUAGACAACCCUUAAUCAUUGAGAGGUACAGACAAUUAGAUUUCACUGGCAUUGUUGGUUAUCCAAAUCAGAUCAUUAACGAUUUGAGAUUAUCAAUCCCAAAAUUUUCAGGAAAUGGAGUUGAUUCAGCAGAACAACAUGUGGUAAUUGUGAAAAAUAUCAUCAAAGAAUUUGAAAUUCCUCAUGAAGAUGUAUUCAUGAAACAGUUUGUCGAAUCUUUGACUGAGGAUGUGGGAGAAUGGAAGGUUGCUAGGAAGGCUGCUAAGAGAGAUUAUCCAAAAUUAUGCAGCUCUGGAAAUCCCAAGAAAGAUGAUCUUACUCAGAUCAUGGACAUGCUUAAGGACUUGAAAAAUACCCCUAUUUUGAGAAAACUAUUUCAAGAAGAAGCAGUGCCUUCUUUGAGAAACUUUACUGAAGAAGAAAAGAAAGCUUUCACUAUCGUAGCUAUAGAACAAGUGAAAAGUAAUUAUCAGUUGAAGAAUAGGAAUGUCAACAAUGAGCAAGGCAAGCCAGCGAGUAUCUUUGGCAAAGUCACAAAAUCUAAUGGGACAAAAAAUAACGUAGCCAAGGGUAAGGAUGCUGAUGCCAAAAAAAGGACAGAGCUGGAAAAGAAUAAGCCAAUUGAAAUGCCAAAGCUUGUCAAGCCAGUGGAGAAAAAACAAAUUAGUAAGCCUUCUUCAAACUAUGCAACUUUUAUGUCUCAAGCAUUGUCUCGGGUAAAAGUUUAUAUGCCCUUGCUUGAAGUAAUGAAAUUUCUAGAAUAUAAAGAUGAAACCUUGAAGAUUAUAUCAAAUGUUGGGAAUCUAAAUAAGAAUGUUGCUAAGUUAAAAGAGGAUCCUCCACUUUCAGUAAGAAAUUAUAAUGCACACAAGCGAUGCAUUAUGUUUCCUGAUGGGACUGCUCUAGUGCACUUUGCAAGGGCUACAAUUCAGGAAGUUUUUGCAGUAAAUUUGGAGGCAGAAUUGCCUUUGUCUGUUGUAGAUUUGGAAGAUGAGGCAUAUGAGGCUAUUGACAGGAAGCUGGUGGAUGAAUACAACUUGUUUCAGCAUGUAUCUAGAGCACACUAUGAUCCUAAGGGUUACAUUCAUUCCAAUAGGAAAAGACAAGAGUUGGGAGACUACUUCCAUCAGAAGGAUGAAUUUGAGCUUGCAGGAGUUAUGGAGACCUUGGAGAAGAAGCUAGAGGAAAGAAGGCAAAGACUAGAAAACAUGGAUAGAGAACCAGUCCAGAGUGAUUUAGGGGAAAAUGAAGUAGUCUUUAAGCUCCGUGCAUCUGAGAAGGAGAAGGAUAGGCUUAUUGUUGCUCUAAAUGCAGAAAUAGAUGAAAGAAUGGCAGAACAUGAUUCUUUUGUAUCUGAUGACCAGUUCAUUAAGUCUAAGGAAUUCAAAUAA